UGACUCUUACACAAAAUGAGUUGAUAAUGAAGAAAAAUAUAAAGAACACAGUUAUUUAUAAUUGCCCAUAACCUCUUUGAGUGUUUAUGGUGUUUUAAUACUUGAUGUUAUUGACACAGUUUUAAUAGCGCUACAAUUUAAAUCGAUUAAAAGAAAAAAAUAGCAAGUGAAAUCAAGCAUAGCCAAAAGUUGUCAAAAUGCUGAAGCAAGGUCAGUCUCAGUUUGAAGAGAAAUGGCCAUCAAUGAGGCCAUCUGUAUUGAAAUUACUUCGACAAGAACCAGUCACACGAUCAGAGUGGCAUGAUCUUUUUUGGGCUGUGCAUUCUGUGUGUCUGUGGGAUGACAAAGGGCCCCAGAAAGUUUACCAGGCUCUACAAGACGACAUCUUGGAGUUUAUCAAGCAUGCUCAAACUAGGGUGCUACACAACCAGGAAGAUUCUGCAUUAUUGAAGGCCUACAUAGCAGAAUGGGGCAAAUUUUUCACACAGUGUGACUACCUUCCCAAACCCUUCAUGCAGCUGGAGACGUCCCUGGCCAGCAAGACUCACACACCCAUGCAGAAGAAGCCUCAGGGGGAUGAAAGCAUUGUUAGGAAGUUGAUGCUGGACAGCUGGAACCAGUCAAUCUUCUCAAACAUCAAGCAGCGGCUGCAGGACAGUGCCAUGAAGCUUGUGCACGCGGAGAGAAACGGCGAGGCGUUCGACUCACAGCUUGUCAUUGGAGUACGGGAGUCAUAUGUGAAUCUCAGUUCAGAUAUAGAAGACAAAUUAAAAAUCUACAGAGAAAACUUUGAGAGAGCCUAUUUAGAAGCUACAAAGUCUUUCUACAAGUUAAAGGCCCCCCAGUAUCUGCAGGCGAAUGGCGUUCAGAACUACAUGCGUUAUGCAGAUGCCAAGUUGAAGGAGGAGGAGGGGCGGGCCCGUAGAUACCUCGAGACAGGAUGGGGAUGUACAUCAGUCACUGCGCUGACAGAGUGUUGUGUGAAUGUGCUGGUGACGGCCUUCAAGGAGACGAUCCUCCAGGAGUGUGCCCAAAUGAUCCGCAGCAAUGAGACCGAAAAAUUACGUCUAAUGUUCACACUGAUGGACAGGGUGCCUGACGGUAUUGGGCCAAUGUUACACGACCUAGAGGCUCAUGUGGUAAACCAGGGACUUGCUGACAUGAUCGCAGCUGCUGACAUCAUUACUUCUGAUUCGGAGAAGUAUGUAGAACAGCUGCUGGAGCUGUUUAACCGGUUCAGUGCUCUCGUGCACGAAGCUUUCAACGACGACCCCAGGUUCCUCACAGCUAGGGACAAGGCUUACAAAAACGUGGUCAACGAUACAAGUGUCUUUAAACUGGAGAUACCUAUCAAAAAUAAAGGUGUGGGAACAAAGACCCAACCAGAAUCCAAGUGCCCUGAGCUGCUGGCUAACUACUGUGAUAUGCUUCUGAGAAAAACACCGCUCAGCAAAAAACUCACAUCAGAAGAAGUGGAAAAGAAACUAAGAGAUGUGUUGCUGGUGCUGAAGUAUGUACAGAACAAGGAUGUAUUCAUGCGUUACCACAAAGCCCAUCUCACACGACGCCUCAUCCUUGACACCUCAGCUGACAACGAGAAGGAGGAGAACAUGGUAGAGUGGCUCCGGGAGGUUGGUAUGCCAGCAGACUACGUGAACAAGCUGGCACGGAUGUUCCAGGAUAUCAAGGUCAGCGAGGACCUCAAUGUGGAGUUCAAGGAUGCACACAGGAACAACAAUGAGUACAUUGCUGAUUCUAUCAACAUCAAGAUCCUGAAUGCCGGUGCAUGGGCGCGGUCUAGUGACCGUCUGUCUGUCUCACUGCCGAUGGAGCUGGAGGAUUACAUCCCACAGGUGGAGGACUUCUACCGACAAAAACACAGCGGCCGCAAGCUUCAGUGGCACCAUCUUAUGUCAAAUGGCAUUAUCACGUUCAAUAAUGAUGUUGGCCGCUAUGAUGUGGAGGUGACCACAUUCCAGAUGGGCGUAUUGUUUGCCUGGAACCAGAGGCCCAAAGACAAAAUCUCCUACGAAAGUCUGAAACUAGCUACAGAGCUGCCAGAUGCAGAGUUGAGAAGAACUCUUUGGUCGCUGGUGGCAUUCCCGAAGAUCAGGCGACAGGUGCUUGUGUGUCCGGGCGAGGUGAAGUCUCCCAAGGACAUUACAGAUGGGACAGAAUUCUGGGUGAAUCAGGAGUUUGCUUUGAUUAAGAAUGGGAAAGUUCAAAAGCGUGGGAAGUUGAACCUGAUUGGUCGACUGCAGCUCUCAACGGAAAAGAGUAAGGAGGAGGACAAUGAGGGCAUCAUGCAGCUCCGUAUCCUCCGUGUACAGGAAGCAAUAGUGAAAAUAAUGAAGAUGAGGAAAAAGAUCACCAACGCAGCACUUCAAACUGAACUUGUAGAAAUCCUGAAAAAUAUGUUCUUACCAUCAAAGAAACUUAUAAAAGAACAAAUUGAGUGGUUAAUAGAGCACAAGUACAUGAGAAGGGACGAGGACAAUAUUAAUCUAUUUAUUUAUAUGUCUUAAAACAUUGAUUCCUUCCAGGUGUUGUUCCUUGCUCCAAGCAUGCAUCAUUUCUAACCAGAGUUAGGAUUUUAUGUGCCAAAUCUGAGUUAUCCAAUCAGGUGCAAGAUUCAGGGUGAGGCAUCCAAUGAAAUGGUGUUGUCCUGGGAUACCAUGUAAUAGCCAAUCAAAAUGCUUUACUUAUGGCCAGUCAGGUCUGGUAUCUGAUGUGUGUUCAUUGGCCAUCAAGAUUGGAUUCUUCAAGCGCUUGUAGCAAAUAGUUUGGCCAUGUUAUAACUGGAGAGUUUGAGCAGGUUUUUUGUUGAAGGCAAAAUGCCAAUUGUUAUAUAUUACUUUCAAUACUUGUACAGUCAGCAGAAUUCAGGCAUACUCAAUUUGUCACAUGUUUCCAUUUCUUACUCAUUCAGACAGUGAAGGGAUUUUUUAUCUGUUGAUUUUAUUGAAGCACGACCAAAAGAUCCUGUUCAUCACUUUUUAACAAGAUUACUCACUUAUAUAGUUUUCAUUCCUAGCAAUAUGCCUCAUCUCAUACCAACUUGAAGGAAAGGAAUGUUUCAGUCUUUAUGUUUAUGUAUAGUAGAAACAUAUGUUAUUAAAGACAUUACUGUUAGCCUAGAAUUAGUCUUUCAGUGACUUAAAACUGCCUUAACAAAACAGUUUUAAGGUAUUCCACCCCUAACAGCGAGGAAUUAGAACUAAAAAAAAAUUCUCAGAAAGCAAUUCAGUUUUUAUAUCAUGAACAUCUUUUGCUUCUGGAAUGUAGUAUUUCAUAUUAAUUGAUCUUUUAAAUUACUGUCAAAACCAGUAUUCACAAUAAGGUUUAUAAAGUACUAUAUAACUGAGCUGUAAUACAGGUAACUUAAAUAAAGUAUGAAGUUGAAAUCAAGUUUAUUGAGACAGCGGAGUUGCCAUAGAGACAGAAAAGAUUACUUAUGUUACUGUAACUGAUGAUACACGUUUUUGAUGAAAUAAUUGAGAUUUCUAGAAGUGAUAAAAAGCUUUCAUAAAUUAAAUGCAGCAUACACUUUGAAUAAUUGUCAAUGUAUAAAUCUUGAUAUAUCUUAAAAUAAUAAGGCGCUUAAUUGAUCUGAAUAUAUUUUACCAACAUUAAAAGAAGACAGUUGUAGGUAAUUGAUAUAAGGUUUCGGUAAAAUCAUUAUAUAUAAAAAAAAAAAGUGAGUCAGGCAUUAAACUAUAAAAACUAGGCUGCUUGGCGCCCUUGCCUUACAAAAGAAGCAUGUGUCACAUCAUUCUAUUGUUAAAAGUAAAUCAAAUUUUUGGCGGUUGUUAUCAAUGGUUACAAAAUGCUUUGACAUACUCAGUGGAAUUUUAAAACACAUCUAUUUGGAAGAUAAAAAAACUUGUAUUAAGAAAUAGUGUAUCUGUGUAGAAGUUGUAUACAAUUUUAAAAUAUCAAAUUGCAGGAAAAUGACAGCAAAAUGUUUUCCGAUCCGAAUUCCCUAAAUCAAGCGGCAUGAAAUCCGAAGUUUCAUGGAAACAAUUGAUAUCGUUACGGGUAGAUAACCUUAAAUAUUAGUUUCAUUUCAGUAUUGGAUGAUGACAUACUGUGUAAUCAUUUAUAUUCGUGAGCAUGAAAUUUCAUGGGUUUUCGAAAAAGCACAAUUUUGUUGGUAGGAUUUUCAUUAUUCGAUUAAAUAAAUGUGAUCCUAAAGCAUCUUCAAAUUCAGGUUAUGCCUAUCUUGUGCUAUCUGUGAACUAUGUCACGGAAGAUUAAGAUACUUGCUACAGUUGGACAAUAUGCUAAUUAGCACAGUUAGCCUUGUCAAUUAUCGCUUGAUUGGUAAAAUAAGGGUCAUAAAUAAAGAUGCACCCACAUCAUUGAUAUAAAAUAGUGAAACCUUUGAUCGUCAAUUAAGGAUUUUUGCAAACCAAAAAACUUUAUACUGUUUUACAUAGGCAGUUUAAUUUGAGAACUCAAGGUCUAAUUUUUGUUGGGAUUUUGAAUUCAUGGAUAACCAAACCCAUAAAAACCGCAAAAAUUUAUGUCCGACGCAUAUUAAUGAUUUCACAGUAAAUAAAAUAUUUUCACUUCAUCGAGCAUUCCUAUGAAAAUUUUAAUACCCACUCUCAUUUCUCCUUCAUGUGUUCUACAGAACUUGUGGAGCAAUGGUAUAUUAUGAACACACCCUGUUGACUGAUAACUCUGCUGCAUUGUGAGCUUCAUAUAGCUCACUUUAAUUUGCCCUAUAUUCCAAGUUGUAUCACUGUUACCAUCACAAAGUACUGGUAGCAUAUGCCAUUUAAUAAAUUAUUGAAAACAAAUAUGGACAUGCUUUUUAAUGCACUUUGUUUACAGCUAUGGGCCCAGCCAUGGUAGGUUAUUUGAUUUAUUGAACAAUGAACUUAAGAAGCAUGUGUUAGCAAAAUGUUGUGAAAAAUUAUUGCCAUACAUGAACUAUAGACAGCAUUUUGCCAUAGAAUUGCUCGAUGUUAUUUUAUACUUGAUGGUAUGAUAUUUCAAUAAAAUUACACCAUUAA